GGGCGCGUCGGGCCGGACAGGGAGAGCUCGGUCCGCUGCAGAGGAAGAGGAGGAUGAAGAUGCGGUGGAAACAAAGGGAACCCUGAAGGUUCUGGUUCUGAAGCUGGAGAGCAAACCAAGCUGCGUCUGGACCGGAGCAGCCGAACCUUCCCAUGGCUGAUGAGGCUGCAGGGACCGAACCGGGUCCAGAGGAGGGAGGAGGAGGAGGAGGAGAGGUUACCAUGGAAACCCCCAGCGCGCCAGUUUACUGCGUGUGUAGAAAACCAGACAUCAACUGCUUCAUGAUAGGCUGCGACAGCUGCACCGAGUGGUUCCACGGUCAAUGUGUUGGCAUUUCCGAGAGGGCGGCCAAAGCCAUCAGAGUUUGGUUCUGUCCGUCCUGCAGAGACAAAGACUCUUCUCUGGAGAUCAAAUACCGGCAGAAGAAGAACAAAGAGGCGGAUCCUGAGAGAGACGAACGACCCGAUGGAGAGAGAGGCUCCACCCCCGUGCCCAAAAUCGACAGGAGGCGGGGUUCGCAGAUCAAGCGCUCGGCCCGGAUGUGCGGAGAAUGUGACGCCUGUCUGAGAACGGAGGACUGCGCUCAGUGUGAUUUCUGCAAAGACAUGAAGAAGUUUGGAGGUCCAAACAAGAUCCGGCAAAAAUGUCGCCUUCGCCAGUGCGAGGUCCGAGCCCGGAAAAUGCUCCGUGUCCGAGAUGAAGAGAUGAGCCGGAGUGGCAGCAGGGGGCGGAGCCUGUCCAUGAAGGGGGCGGGGCGCCUCUCAGAGGAUGAUGAUGAAGAGGAGGAGGAGGAAGGGUUUAGUGAAAGCGAGCUGGAACUGUACGAGCAGUACAAAGCAGCAGGAUACAGAGACCUGGUGUGGCACACUGAGGAGGAGGAGGAGGAAGAUGCCCAGUCGGACUCACUGAGGAAGAAGGCGGUAAAGGUGAAACAUGUGAAGAGGCGGGACAAGAAGCCAGAGAAAAAGAAGUCUGUUUCCGUUCCCAAAGAGGAGGCCAAACCACGGCGUCACAAAGUGAAGCAGCGCCACAGGGAGCGCGUGCGGCAUAGCGAGCGAGCCGGGGAAGGCGUGGUCAAAGAGGCAGGCGGUGCUAUGAGGCAAUGUUUGGGUCCAGGCUGUGUGGAACCAGCCAGGACCGGUUCCAAGUACUGCUCUGAGGACUGCGGCAUGAAGCUGGCUGCUAACCGGAUCUACGAAAUCCUGCCUCAGAGGAUCCAGCAGUGGCAACAGAGUCCCUGCGUGGCCGAAGAGAUGGGGCGGAGACAGCUGGAGCGAAUCAGGAGGGAGCAGCAGGCCGCCAGGCUCCGCCUCACGCUAAUGGAGAAACGCUUUCAUGAACUGGAAGCCAUCAUUGCCAACGCCAAGCAGCAGCAGGUUCAGCAAGACGAGGAGGUUGCAGAAGGAGAUGGCGAUGACACAGACCUGCAGAUUUUCUGCGUGUCCUGCAGCCACCCCGUAAACCCCAAGGUGGCGCUGCGACACAUGGAGAGGUGCUAUGCUAAGUACGAGAGCCAGACUUCCUUUGGUUCCAUGUAUCCGACUCGCAUUGAGGGGGCAACACGGCUUUUCUGUGACGUCUACAACCCUCAGAGUAAGACCUACUGUAAGAGACUGCAGGUUCUGUGUCCAGAACAUUCCAGAGAUCCAAAGGUCCCAGCAGAUGAGGUGUGUGGAUGUCCUCUGGUCAAAGAUGUCUUCGAACCCACUGGAGAGUUCUGCCGGGUUUCCAAAAGAAAAUGCAACAAACAUUACUGCUGGGAGAAGCUGCGGCGGGCCGAGGUCGACCUGGAGAGAGUCCGAGUGUGGUACAAGCUUGAUGAGCUGUUUGAGCAGGAGAGGAACCUGAGGACAGCCAUGACCAACCGGGCCGGGUUGCUGGCGCUGAUGCUGCACCAAACCAUCCAGCACGACCCGAUCACCAGUGACCUGCGUUCUGCCAAGGACAGGUAGACAGCUGGACGGUCGGACCAUCAGCUGGAGGGGGACUGGUUACAGCCGGGUCCAAAACUGUUUUCAUUUACUAAAGAUCCAGAACCAAUCUGGAUUGGACGGUUCUCAUCUUGUUCUGGUUUCCUUACAUCAUUUUAGAUAUUUCAGAACCACCAGAAGACACAGACACUCCAAGGUUCUGGUGCCAGCAGGCAGCUUUAAAGCAGAAGUUCUGGUUUGGUUCUAUAAACUCUGGUCCAAUCCCUAAAAAGGACCCAUCCAUUUCUGCUCAGGUCUUCAGGCUGUAGGUUCUAGAGCUGAGAACAAGGGCAGCUAAAUAAUCAGGUUAUUGAAACAUUUUACAGAACCCUGGACCACAGAGGUUCUGUGGUGCUGGUUCCUUGUUGUGGUUCUGGUCUGAGAUCAGCUGGACUCACCGGAUGAGUCCAAUCUGACACCGGAUUGGCCGAUUCAUUCAGUAGAAACAGCCAAUCGGAAAGCUCCACCUUUUGUUUAUAAAAUGUCUGUUUGUCCUUCAGCUCGCCAAGUCCUCUGCUUUCUGUUCCCGUCUAACAGGAAGUGAUGCGUGGAGUCCUGAUCAGACACUCUGUUUCUGUUCCCGUCUAACAGGAAGUGAUGCGUGGAGUCCUGAUCUCUCUGUUUCUGUUGGUCCUGUUCAAAUAAAGCUGAUUAUGUUUUCUUAA